AUGGUGUCGCGGAUGGGGCCACUCGGGAGCGGUGGGCAGGGACAGGGCAGGACAGGGCCGGGGCUACAGCAGGCGCCCACAGUCGUGCGGAAUGGGCCAAUGCGGCGCGCGGGGCGCGGCGAGGCCACGCGCGAGCCUGCGACCAACGUGGAAUACAUAUUGGCAGCGGAGUUUGACAACAAGUUGGGGCCGGUGCUGAAGCACCAGUUUCCGAAGAACCUGCCGGGCUUUAAGAGCACGAACUCUAACCUGUCGAACCUGGCGGGCCUUAUGAUCCCGAACGGGAUUGAAAAUCGGCCGGGAGAGUCCGAUUUUACGACCUUUAUUCUUUACAAGGACAGGUAUGCACAGACCUUCCAGUUGUUCCCGAACGAUAACGCCAAGGGCAGUUUGAAACCAACGGCAGAGUCUCAUGGACACUUGGGGGGAUCGCCCUCGUCGCGUCUGGAGUCUAUGAUCCUAGAGGAGGAUGAAAAUGCAGGCAGUAGUAAGACAUCUCUAUCACAGGCGCGUGAGAUCCCCCUGUUCUUCAUUAAUGUUGUUCACGCUAAGAUAGAUAACGCCAAUGAACGUGGCGCUGUCAUUAAAUCCUUGGCGGUGGGCACGUCCCUGCAGAACUUUUUCAUUUUUAAACCUUUGCUGAUGAUGGCGCUGGAUGAGUACAUCAAGAUGCCGAAUAUCCGCAUUCUUAUCGAGUGCUUCAACAUGAUUAACAGUUUGGAUUUAUCACUUAUGAAUCGCAUUCACUCUAAUAAAGUCCUCCAGAAUAUCUUGAACUCCAUUAACAAUGACGAGAUCAUCAACGAGAUCUUUGAUCCGGAGGAGAAAUCCUUAAAGCACAUUCUUCGGGUCAAUGAGCUUCCCAAGCAUGAUGUCAACGGCAAUUCCAUUGUUUUCAAACAAGGUGCUAUGGUUUACCGGUUUGAUUCAUUCAAGCCGCAAGUUUUACCUGAACAUUUCACAAAAAUACCGCUGCAGAUUGACCUGAUCAAGUAUGAUGCCAUAAAACUUAAUAUCAACUACAAGGAUCAUGUUUUGAAGUUUUUGAGACAGUUUAUUCCACAAAUAAGCCUGUUAGAUAGGAAUGACCCUUCUUGGAGGUUAAUGGUGAACUCUACCACCCUUUCUAAGGAUAGCUUAUGCCAAUUUGUGCUUGCCUUAUCCAACUUUAUUAAUGCAUUUGAUCAUCAACAUUAUUUCCAGAACUCCUCUGUUAUUAUAUUCCCUUACAUGGACAUAUCUAUGAUUGACGAGCUUCGGAACGAGUUCUCGGUUAAAAAGACUGGUAACUAUUUUUCGAUUGUUGGUGUAUCGAACCCUAUUUUCGAAAUGCAAAAGGAUGUAUGGGACUUUUACUAUGAUCUGGAUAGUGCAACCCUUCUUACGCAGGCUAAGCCUAGCAAAAUGAAUCCAGUUACAAUUAUUGGUUCAACUAACCCCCAAAAUAAUAGAAGUAGUGAGUUGCUGAUGAAGAUAUUCAACAAACAUCCUACUUCUCAUGUUACCAUAAAACAGGAAACUCCCAAAAUGGGUCUGCUAUUGAAGUUUAUUCAAUACAUAGUACUUCAACAGCAUGACAACCAAACUGUGCUAAAUGUGUUCAAAAGAGUGAUAAUACUUCAGUUGAUUCACUUAUUCUCUAGACUAAACCACGAUUCGGGACCUUCGAUUGAGCUCCUAUUAAAGGAUGAGUAUAUGCUAACUUACAAGGACUUUAUCAUGUUUCCAGAGUUUUUCGAAUACAGCUCUUUGAAAUGUAUCAGACUAAUGCAUAAUUUGGAAACAUGUCUGCAGCAUGUAUUCUUUCCGAAGAAUAGGUCAAGAGAGGUGAGGAAGCGCGUUUUGACCCAACUUUAUGGCCACCUAAAGAAUAUAUACAAAUUCAUGUCGGUGAAUAAGGCGCAUAUGGGUAGGUUUUUAAACGUGUGUCUGAAUUAUCCACUCACGCAUCCAUUCGAAACGUUUGAUUUGGAGAAAUCAGACUUUUCGAAGAUUAAUUUAACCAUCGCACUUAGACACGAAAUGAAGCAUACAGAAGCACUGGACGGCUUAUGCUAUGCGCAAUCUAACAUCAUUGACUACUUUUCUUUGGAUAAAGGUUUGAGUCUGGUAUUCUAUCCGCUACUGAUCAAUCCAACCGCAGAUACGUUUGCUGCAUCAUCUGAUCCAACGAAUUCCAACUCAGUCAAAGAAUCCCCGCAGAGUAACCAUAGUAGGGUAUCGACCGAAAUCAGGGGAACAUCUGCCGCAAGUAACCACCAGUCCGAGAACCUCUCUGUGAUUUCGAGUAUCUAUGAGAAUAACAUUGAUAUUGAAUCGGCAUAUUCCAUGAGGGAUGACGUUACUACUGUUACCUGCACAGCACAGGAGGACCUUGUACAACUUGUAGAGAAGAUCAGGCGUCUAACGAUAAAGAUUUUAUUGAGGAUCGAGAGGCACCACAUUGGGAAUAUGUUGAUCAACAAGAAGUUGAAUCCUAUAUUUCCUUUAACGUAUCGUACUUUAAAGAAGGAGUACUUCCCAGUGUCCCCUAGGCGGUCUGCGAAUGAUGAUACUGUUUCAGGAGCUCCUGCCGACCUAUACAUUGCUCCAGGAACUCCCUUGUCAGGCAGCGCUGGAGUGACGAAGUCUGAGAUCACUAUUUCUCCGCAAAGGAAGGAGCUCUUACAGGAAUUGUCCUUGAUUUCCACCGCACAACAAGAUGCACUAAGCGUAGGGAAUAAGACAGAAACUACCAGUAUGCAAUCAAAAUUGGAGCUUCUUCAGUCAUUAACAAAUCUAGAGUUGGUUACUGUUCGGAACACUGAAAGCCCUGAUCCUGAAGUUACAUCGGGGACUUCAAGUGAUGUUGCCGGGAAAGCGUAG